AUGAGCAGUAGCGCACCAUCGUCAUCGAAGCCGCCACGGCCGCGGUCCCCGCACUUCCCACCACACAAUGCUCCACGCGUGUGGUUCAUCACACGAGGAGUGUCACCCAUUGCAAUCGCAUUAGCGAGGCAAGUACUCGAACAUGGUGACUAUGUAGUAGCAGGUGUCAUGCCCACUGAAUUCGAGAAAAGAGAAGGACAAAGCGAAGACUUUCGCACGUUUCUGGAAGAUGUGAAGAAGACGGAGCGAUGGCGAGAGCGGCUGAGGGUUGUUGGACUCGAUGCUCGCGUUGUCGGCCAAUGUCAAGCAGCAGUAGCUGAGGCGGUCGAGGCUUUUGGGCGCAUCGAUGUCCUGCUAUGCACAGCUAGCGAAGCUGUCAUUGGCGCUGUUGAAGAACUGGCCCAGAGCAGCCGCACGAUAAGCCUUGUGGAUGAGAUAUUCGAGAUCAACUUUUUUGCCAAUGUGAACAUAGUAAAGGCUAUUCUCCCUGCCAUGAGAGAACGAAAGAAUGGUCACAUUAUUGUCAUAACUGGGAUUACCGGCCAUCUUGGAACACCAGGACUAGGCAUGUAUUGCUCUUCGCAGUGGGCAAUUGAAGGGUACUGCGAUAGUCUCGCGUACGAGAUCGCUCCCUUUAACGUAAAAAUGUCAAUUGUCCAAGCCAACAUGGAAGUUAACGUGCUCACUAAUCGCAUCACCUCCGUUCCCCCCAUGGCCGAGUACCUGCAAGAAGAGAACCCCGCCCCGCUUGCGCGAGAAAUCUUCUCCGGCCUACUCGACAAGUUAGAGCGCAUCGAUAAUCCUAGUCUCAAUCGCCACCCCGCAUUCGACGACCAGAGAUCACCAGCUGACAGCACAUCGACGACCAGCCCCGAUGCGAUCAUGCACGAGCCGACCAUGGGCGACCUGCUGAGUUCUGAUAGUGUGACGUCGCUGUAUGCGCCGCUGCCGAUGGCAGUUAAGAGUAGUUUGAUUGCGGAAACGGUGCAUGCGCUUACGGCUAUUGGGGGACAUGACAAUCCGCCUGCGCGGCAUAUUGUAGGGACGGAGGGUGUGACUGCUGUUAAGGAGAAGCUAAAGACCACGAGUGAGGAAUUGGAAGAUUUCAUUGAGGUUAGUAGUGCUGUGGAUAUUGCGCAGAGGGAUAUUGAUCCCCUGGGGUCUUUGGACGUGGAUCAUGGCCUUUUGUAA